AUGCCGAAACGUGCCCACGAUAACGAUCAGGAUGAGGAUCACCCUGAGAUGAAACUCCCGAAAACGCCGGCUCUCCCAGAACAUAUGGAACAUUAUUAUAACAACCCAUUGUUCAGCACCCCAAUUAAUGAUCCGACGAUGAGCGUGAUGAGAGCUUUUAUUCAACCUCAAUUCAACUAUUCGCCCAUUGAGGCAGACUAUUCGAUGCAUCAAAUGCAGGAAACUCAUGCUCCUAUGAUUUUCCGCCCGAAAAACGAAUUGCUUCACGGUGGUCCAUCUACUUCCCAUCCGUGUACCGACUCCGGGAAUGUUUCUGACGCAGAGGAGACUGAUUCCGAGGGGUACGACGAGGAGGACAUGGAUGAUAAGAAUAAUGGUACCAUCGACAAGAGCAACGUUUACAUGCAAGUGACCGGACGACUUUCAUUGAUGGGUGUUGGUGGAAAAUUUGAUGUUACCCUUGAUGAGAUUCGACGUCGAAUUGGUCAACCCGAGUGUCUCAACAGUAGCAUUUUGGCUGCAAUGCUUCGAAAGGCCAAGACAGCAAAUAACGGCAAAGGAAUGCGAGAAGAAUUGGCGGCUCACGGGAUCGAAUUGCCAGUUGGAAGACGUAAACAAGGAGUCACCACCGCCCUCACGGCUCUUCUUGAAGGUGAGGCAACCCACUUGGCAAGGGAUUUGGACAAAAUCACCGCUUCUUCCUAUCCGAUCAACACGCUGGCUGAGCAUUUGCGCAACAAGUUGUCACAAGGCACUCAUCAUGAGGUGGAGACUCGACGACGCGAUUUGCUUGGAGCAAAUCGCAUUCUUCGGGAAAUGGGCGAUGUGAUUUUCCGCAUCGAAUGCCCUAUCGGUGAUCACAAUCCGCCGCCGUUCCACGAUGAGACACUUCAACUCGCUUUUAAUCACUACAGUCUUAUCACUCAUGGUUUUGGUGUGUUCAAUCAGCGCACGUGGAUUCGUCAAUUUGCUCAACUCACGCAUCUCAUCUACACAUCAAUGACGCCACCACCGAUGUUCGCUCCACCACCAAUGCCUACAAUGUACGGUCCUCCGCCAACUCACCUUUUGCCUCCUCAUCAUUUG